GACUGUGGAGAGAGGCUCAGCAGCCCUAAACCAUUCUCCUCUUCUCCCCUGGCGGCGGCGCUCCUCGUGUCCGAGGAACACCCCGCCCCCUCGCCCGCCUCCGCCGAGGCAGCUCGCCGCCCUCCGCUCCGCCGGACCGGCGCGGGGGCGCGAGGAGAUCAGCCCCGGCCUGGAACGACUACUUCCCCUCCCCGCUAUCAUUGAUCGGCACACUCACAGGCCUUCCUAAACAUUGCAACCUCUUCAGUGUUUGAGUGACAAUUGAGGAUCUUUUUCUGCUCUCCACAAACAAGAUAAAUACUAUGUGACUCAGCACCAAACACUUUACUGUCGAACAAUGGAAGCCAAGGUCUUCCGGUUUCUGAAGCUCGUGGGGGUCGGUUUCAAAGCAAGGUCAGAGAGCCAAGGCCGUGAGCUGUUCCUGAAACUGGGCUACAGCCAUGAGGUGCAGUUCACCGCCCCACCCGCCGUCCGCGUCUUCUGCUUCAAGCCCAACAUAAUCUGCUGCACCGGCAUCGACAAGGACAGGGUUCACCAGUUCGCCGGCGCCGUCCGGAGCUGCAAACCCCCAGAGGUGUACAAGGGGAAGGGCAUACUGUACAUUGACGAGGUCAUCAAGCUGAAGCCCGGGAAGAAGCAAAAGAAGUGACAGCGAGAUGGUGCUGUAACAUUAUAUUUGGCUUUUAACCUCUUGAGAAUCAGUUCUGCUGCGCAUUUGUAGCGAUGCGGGUUUGAUGUGAUUUCUUGUGCUAAGCAGAUCAGCGUUGUCCCAGAUUUGCCUAUGUAGUGUCAGGCAAUGCAAUGUACGCGAGGUGUGUAAUGGAGUUGUAUGGCCAUGAAUAGGAAUAAGUUGCCAGUUAAAAUUUUGUUGAUGUCAAGCUGGAACAUUACUCUGAAUCUGGACUUCAGUUAUAUUGGAAUGUUUCCUUCCUAAUUCAUUGUAGAGGUUCCAAACUAA